AGUCAUUACCGUCUUAAUUUUCUCUCUCUAGAAGCCCUUGCAAUCAAAGCAUUGACUCUCUCUCUCUCUCUCUCAAUUUCAUGAUAUGGAAUCAACAAACGCGUUCUUUAAUGUCAAUAUGGGUGUCGGUUUUCUAUCUCCUUAAAAUAUACAGUAUGCAAUAAAGAUGGAUGUCUUUAAUAACACCCCUUCCCCCAUUCCUUCUUCCAUUUCCACCACUUUUGUUCAAUUCUCCCCCCUCUCUCUCUCUGUCUCUCUCCCCCCUCCUGCCUUUCUUGAACGAGUCUUUUAGUCCACCCCACCUCUCAUAAACUUCUCCUCCUUCAAAUCCCACCAUUACAAUCUAUUCAAACGCAUUUCUUUUUCUUUCUUUUUUUUAAACUCAGGUGUCCGCCCAAUUUACGUGGACUUAGACUAAUUUGAAGAUAAAAGAGGUAAGGGGGAAAACUUUGACUAAAUUCUCAAGGGAUGCAUGAAUGGCAAAACAUAACGGUGGCGGUAGUGGUGGCCGUGGCGGCCGUCGGUAUCCUAAUCCUCCUCGUCCUUCUCCGUCGCCGUCUCUCUCUCUCCAAAGAAACAGACUCGGGCGCAACCGAUUCCCCGCCGGGAAUACAAGACCACAAGCAAAUCGGGAUUCCCAAACUUACCCCUCGCAACCUCCACAACCUCGAUCUCGACAUCAGAACGAGAUCAAACAGCUACUACGUUCUAAAACCGGAGGUCUCGCCCGCCCCCCGGUUCAACUGGGCCGACCACCCGUCCCUCAUCACCGACGCCGUCGAAAACGGAUGGUCACGAUUCGCUUUUGCACCCUCACACACGUCAUCAUCGCCGUCCGUCCGAUCGACCAAGUCAACGCUUCUGGGCGCGUGCGCGGCAGGUGAUCGAAGAGAAUCCGACGUGGAAACCGGCUGGGAAAUCUGCCCGGGGUCUGCCGACUUCCUCCAGAAAAUCCGGCUCAAUUCCGGCCUGAAGAAACCGAGUUGGUGCCACUCCUUCAUCAGGACCGGGCUGCCGCUGCCCGGCCCGCAGCUGGGGAACUCGUCGUUCCCGCAGGAGGCGUAUUUCGAGAUCACGAUUCUGGAAAACGAUUUCGAUUACGACCCGUUUGGGAACAGGAGGAGGAGUAGCGGCAAGGUCGAAGGGGAGAGGGCUAAGCUGAUACAGGAGAACAUGAACGCGAAGUUGAAUUACUCGGAGUGGCUUGUCCAUGUCAAGAAUAGCGGGAACGGGAAUAAUAAUGGGAAUAGGAAUUUCGAGGAACUGAGAGGCGGUGGCAAGGAGGAAUCGUCGGUGAUGUUGACGAUGGGGCUCAGUACAGGUGGGUCUGCUCCGUUGAGGGUUCCUGGUAGCUACUGGGGAUCCAUUGGGUUCAACUCAGAUGGGUCUGUUUAUCUUGAUGGGAUUAAGCUUAUCUUCAAAUCAGAGAAGGCAGAAUGGGGAAAAACAGACAAGGUAAUCGGCUGCGGGUACAACCCAAACCAGAGGAAGGUCUUCUUCACGGUAGAUUCAGAGCUUGUGCACGUAAUAAACUGCAAAUCCGAGGAAUUCGAUACUCCGCUCUACCCAACUUUGGCAUCGAAUAUUGACACCACAGUUCUGGUGAAUUUCGGACAAAGUGUUUUCAAAUAUGCACCAGCAAAUUCACAGAGGACUCCAAAUCCUUGCUUCAUCGGCCCCCUUGCCAAGUCCCCCGCUCUGAGCAACGAAGACAGCAAAGAGCUUUUUUCAAUGGGGAGACUCGACAGCCAGUGGGCGCUAAACCGAGCAGCAACUAGAGCCGGACACAACGCGGCCAACAACAACAACAGUGGUAGUAUCCACAAUAGGGGAUUGGAUUUCGAUGCCGAGUCUGAAGGAGAUUUGUUUGAGAUUGUGUUGGAUAGUUCCGGAAGAUCGCCGAACCCGGUUUUGAAGUGAGACAUACCUUUGGCUUGACAAUAUGGCAGAUAUAUCAAGCUGAUUCUUUGGUUUUUAUCUAUACAUAUAGUCGCCCACAGGAGAGUGUUCAUAUUUGGAGACUUGAGAGAUUUUGUUUUGCUUCUCUGAGUCUUGAAAAGCUAGAUGUUUGAUGAACUUUUGCCCUUUCCUACAUUGUAUUUUUUGUAUAUAUAACAACACAAAUUUUCCGCCGAUC